AUGUCAUCAUCAUCGUCGUCGGAAUAUACAGAGGAACAGGAGAAGAUCACGCUUGAUAUCCUUUCCAAGGACAAGCACGAGUUCUACGAAAUGCUAAAUGUGGAGCGGACGGCAUCGGAAAAUGACAUAAAAAAGGCGUACAGGAAACUGGCGAUCAAACUACACCCCGAUAAGAACAGACACCCGAGGGCGAGCGAAGCUUUCAAGAAGAUAAAUCGGGCGUUUGAGGUUCUAUCGGAUGACUCCAAGAGAAGGAUAUUUGACCAACUGGGGUAUGAUCCAGAUGACCGAGCUGCUGCACAAGAAUCUUACAGAGGAGGAGGAGGUCCUGGUGGCAGUAAUAGCAGUGCUACAGGGCCCAGGUUCCGUGGGCCCCCAAGUUUCGAUGGAUCAUUCGGGGCUCCAGAGGAUAUAUUCGAGUUUCUCUUUAGAGGAGGUGGCCCAGGAAAUCAGUUUGGUGCAUCUCCGUUCGGGGGCGCCUUCAAUGGUCCAUUCGGUGCUCCCUUCGGGCAUGGCGGAGGAGGUGCGACAUAUACAUUUGGAGGCCCUGGCGGCUUCAAAGUAUAUACAAAUUAUGAUUCGCCUUUUGCAAGAAGGGCUCCUCGUCCACAACCCCGCCGUAACGAUGACCCAGGCGAAAGGAAAGAGGAGCCUAAUACACAGUUGAUGAUGCUUAUAGCACCAUUCUUGAUAAUAAUUCUUUUGAAUUUGCUGGAAAGGUUGUUGCUUGGAUAG